GAUGCCUCCUGUUGCGCAUUUUUUUCAUUCAGCACAAUAUUAAUUUUUAAAGUUUAAUUUGUUGUCGUUAAAAAUAUGGAUUUUUAUUUAUUAUUCAAAUUUUUUGUAUCAAUUGCAAUCGUUAAAUUUAACACCGUUAGUUCUAGAGCUGUAAAAAAAACAGUUUUGGGGCCGAUCUACGGCAAAGAUAUAUUCUGUCCUAAAACAAAAUCUGAGCUUAAAACUGAAUUAAAAGCCGAAGAAAACACUCAAAAUAAACUUCCUGAAGGGAUGAUUUUAGAGGGAGACAUUAGAGUAAAUCAAUUUUUUAACAAUGUACGUCAAAGAGCUGAAUAUAACUCAAGAGAUUUUUUGCAAGUUAGUGGAUAUACCUGGGAAACUACCAAAAUACCUUUUGAAUUUGAAGAAAAAGCUUCUACUAAACUAAAAGAAGUGGUACAAGCUGCUAUAAAUGACUUUAAUAACUACACCUGCGUCCGUUUUAUUCCAAGAACAACCGAAAACGACUAUAUUGUAUUUGCAUCUUUAGGAGGAUGUUAUUCAAACGUUGGUAAAGUUGGCGGCAAACAAGACAUUAGUCUUGGCGACGAGUGUUUAUGGAAAGGAACCGCUAUUCAUGAGAUGAUGCACGCCCUCGGCUUUUUUCAUGAGCAUACACGAUUGGAUAGAGAUGAAUAUGUUACUAUCAAUUUUGAAAAUAUUGAACCCGAGAUGACUGAUAAUUUUCUGAAGUAUAAUGAAGGUGUUGCUGGAUAUCUUGAUGAACCUUACGAUUAUCAAAGCGUAAUGCAUUAUCCUUCUACGGCUUUUUCAAAGAAUGGACAAUUAACUAUUGAGCCUAAAGAUAAAAGUGUGAAACCAGAUGUCAUUGGGCAAAGACACGGAUUUAGUAAAAUUGAUUUAAUCCAACUUAACAAAGCAUUUGAAUGUAACAAACCUAAACCUACAAUGCAGACUAAAACCCAAUCAACUGUACAACCAACGCGUAAUAAAAAAACUUCCUCGCAACCAAUAACAUUACCCGAAAGUGUUACCAUUUCACCUAUAACUAAUCCUCAAUUUAAUCCUACAGCAAUAACGAACCCAAUAACCAUACGUACAUCAAAAAAGCCAUUUGUUAUCACUAAAUUGCCAAUUGAACAAAUGUCGACUCCUCAGAAGGGAAAAUUUCAAAACCAGAUUAACAGUAGCUGCAGCAAAGUUUAUCCAUGUUGGCCAAACGAUUUUCAAUUGGCAACGACCAAUCAGCAGCCGUGUUGCACCGGUAAUCACAUAAGUGGUCAAAAAUGUCAAUGUCAUUGUAUGAAUACAAAAAUUGGAUUUGACAACUUUCUUUGUUAUAAAAGAAAAGCUAAAGAUCCAAUGUUUUCAUUGUCUGAUACAAAAAUUCAACCAAAUAUGGAAUGCUUAUCUUUGAAAACAAAUCAACAACCCGUGGAAAAAAAUAAAUAUUUGUGUUACGCACAAGAUACAAAGUACCAAUUGUACUGGUCUCGUGACAACGCAAAAAAAUUGCAGGAAAAUAAAUGUUUACUUUUUAAAAACAAAUCAACUGAGUUGCAAAAUUCAAGAAAUGGUACCAGAAGUUAUUUAUGUAGAAACUAGAUAUUACAUAGAAAGUUUAAAUAGAACUGUAA